AUGGGUGUGAAGACCCUGUCGAGGGUGCCACUUCUCUUAUUCAUGACGGGCUGGCAGCGCUCGGGGCGGAGCGCGAGGCAGUCCCCAGGGGUGUGCGCGCCUCCCCGGGGGCUUGGCGCCGACACUCGGGACAUUGCGACGCGCGUGGGGCCAGGCUGUUGUGUGAGACGACCACGCUCGCAGGGCCGGGUGGGCGUGGCCUGGUGUGCAAGCCCUCCAGGGAGUGUAUGGAGUGUGUCUCGAGACGACCUGGCUCGGAGGCGAGCGUGGAGGAAGUGCGCGUGCAAGUACGUGUACCAGCCCAUGACCCCUGUGGAGCGGCUCCCGAGCACCGAGAUCCCCGCCCGGCCCCGGGAGCCCACCAACACCAUCCAGAUCUCGGUCUCGCUCACUCAGCACUUCCUGAAGUUCGCAUCCGUCUUCCAGCCCCCGCUGCCCCCCGAGUCGCCCAGGUACUGCAUGAUCUCAGACCUCUUCAUCGACAACUACCAGGUGAAGUGCAUCAACGGGAAGAUGUGCUACGUGCAGAAGCAGCCGGCGCCGCAUUCCCUCCGGACCAGCCCCGAGGAGGCCUCUGCACACGGUGCCUUAAUUUCAAAAGAGAGCGACACGCCAAAAAUAGAUCACUGCUCUUCUCCCUCAAGUUCCGAGGACUCUGGGAUCAACGCCAUCGGGGCACACUACGUGGAGUCCUGUGACGAGGACACCGAGGGGGGGGCGGAGCUGAGUUCAGAGGAAGAUUACAGCCCCGAGAGCAGCUGGGAGCCGGACGAGUGCACCCUGCUGUCCCCCUCGCAGUCCGACCUGGAAGUGAUCGAAACCAUCGAGACCACCGUGUGAGGGCCGGC